AAACUAUUCUUACAAGGAAAGGAUGAGUUCACAGACAAGAACAGGAUGGUAACAGCGGUUGAAGAAGAAGGAUUAGUCCUUGCCACAGCCGUCUCAAGGCAACAGUGCGGUCGAUGCUGUUACUACCUGUAGCUGUCGGCUGAGACUAUUGUUUUCUCAGAGUAUCACGCGGGAAGGAAAGUUCAAUUUAUGUUAGAGGCUUAGAGUGCCGUCACAACGAGGAGGAAAUCGUUGGGUCGUGUCAACCGGCGCGAAACAAAAACGCAGCGCCAUAUAAGGUAGAAAAUCGGCUGCGUGAGGCUGCGAGGAUCACAAGCAAGGAUCUCGGCUCGCAUGCAGGACGGUCCUCGCUCCCUGGCCGCCACGAAGGCAAAACUUCACCUAUGUAAACUUUUGGUCGUAGUUACACAUUAAAAAGAAGAAUUUAUAAUAAUAAUAAUCCGUCGACAUACGUAUUACCGAGAAUAGUAAUAGAUACGCCAUGUACUGCAUAUUGUUCAGCAUUCUGCUCUUGACCCGGGCAGGAUAGUCGACAUCUGUAGCGCCAGACACCUGCAGCAGAGGUACGCCCAGCGCUAGAGCCAACGCGCCGCCAUGCCCGCCGAGAGUAAGAUCUAGCAACUCACACGUCGUCUUCCUGCUGCUCAAGUUUCGACGAUUUUUCCAAGUUACAGCUCGAGUGAGAACCCUGCAUCUACACCGCAAGCUUCGCAAAUGUAAUAAGUGCGCGGAAAAUGAGUGUGAGUGAAUGAACUUUAAUCGGACAUUUAGAGACUUACGCCGAAAUAUAUAAUUCAAAAUUAAGUCUGUGUCACUAUGGGUGCGAGUUCGAGCACGCGCACUCCUUGAAGCUUUGAAGUGCCGGAAAGCCAAUAACUGUCACUGUUGACAUGUGCUUUUUAAGAUGAAACGACUGACACGAUGGCUGAAGAUUCAAUCAAGCAGCUGAUAGAGACUCAAGCCGAGUCGUAUAAACACCAGAUUGAACUCUUAUCGGAAAGAUAUGACGAGCGAGAAAAGAAAAUGUUGACGGAAAUCCGAGACCUCCGAACCGACGUACGAGACCUGCAAACGAGAUUAGAAACCACCCAGCAAGAAUUAGUUGAUUUAAAAGCCGAACUGCCGAGGCUGAAACGACAAAUUAAGCAAUUAAGUGAUUACCAGUAUAGCAUAACAAUCCUAGAGAAGCGUGUCAAUCAUCGCGAAGAAAACAAUCGCCGUGACAACCUCGUCAUCGAUGGCAUGCCCGAAGAUGACAGCGAAACAGUAGAGGAAACCCAAGUCAAAGUCAUUGCCUUGUUAUCGGAGAAGCUGGGUCUCCCGACGUCGACGGCCCUGCAGGCGCGUCGCAUCGGGAAGGGCAGCCCCGGGAAGGCGAGGGCCAUCGUGGUGCGCUUCGCCGAACGCCAAGACCGCGACGCCACCCUCAGGAAUGCCAGCAAAUUGGAAGGAACCAACAUUUUCAUCAACGAGUAUUUCUACCCGACGGCGAGGAAACAGCGAGAGGCUCGUCUCUUCCAACUGAAACAAGGCAAAAGGCCGAACGGCUCCGUCAUCGCGCCUCUUCCCCAGCCGUCACUCAACCAGCUUCCCCAAACUGCUUUCCCCAACAAACCCGACGCGAUAACUACCUCCCUCCACCCGCCACCAGCGCCCGGAGGAGCCAUCAUCGGAUCUUCAGUAGAAAUUGAACAAGACAACGACACCUCGGAGGUGCGAUACUAUUUUUUAAUUGACUUUUGUUUGUUGCACACUAACACGCUUUACCGGUGGUAUCAAACAGGUAUUUCUAUGUAA